UUCAUAUUCCGCUCAGCAUUCUGCAACUAAACGAAAGUCUAUUUAAGGACCUCAGAACGCAGUCGUUUGCUAACGCUUACAUUAUGGCAAACCUACAGCAUAUGCUGUGCUACGCGCGCAACGUGGAGCAAAAAUGUGAAAAAGUGCUUUUGAUUCUUCUUUAUGUUGUAUUUUUUGUGGUAUUCGCUGCAUUUGUCGUUACGGAAGGAGUCGGAAAAAUCUUACAAAGUGAUCACUGGAACAAAACCAUGCGAAAUUUAACGUCAUAACUCACCGGCAUGAUUGGUACCGCAGCAGCCGUAAAUCCUUGGAUUUGGAUAUCUCACUGGUAUCAACAAAAAAUGUGUCCGCCGCCGACAUGGAGAAAGCGUUUCAAAAUUUAUUCGAAAAGCUGGGCCCCCAAACACCAGGCUUGGUUUUUUACCGAAAGCAGAUUCCACCAUCUAUUUUGCCUGAUCUCGCCAAGUUUCAAGGGCUUAAAAAGCUCAGCCUGAUUGACUGCAACUUGCGCUCGCUGGAAGGGUUACCACGGCUCCCCGAUCUACGUAUAUUAAUGCUGGGUGACAACAAUUUGGACGACCUCAGCCCCAUUCCUAACUGCUUCCCCAACUUGGAGAAGUUGUCCGUUGUGGGAAAUAGAAUUAGACUGCGGGAUCAGCUGCAACCGCUGACGCGUCUGAACAAAUUGCGCGCCUUGGACGUCGAAGGAAACGACAUCUGUGAAAUUCGAGGACACGACCGUUGGCUGAAAGACACGUUCCCACAGGUGACGCAUUUUAUUAUCGUCGCGUACGAUGUGGACGGCGAUGAAGAGGACGAUGGUAAUGCUACUCGGAUUCUUUGCAAUGAACACCUGGACGAUGAUGAUGAGGCAUUCGACGAUGAUCAGAUGGACAAUUUAGAAGUAAUAAUGGUCAUGCCAAUUGACUUACUUGAGAGUAUUUGAAUGCUCCAUUUAUCGAUAUUGCAUUCUCCACUUUAUAGUUUAAGUGUUUAUUGUUUUGCGACUUGGAAUGCGCUAACUGCGGUUGAUAAAAUAAAUGAAUUGAAAAACGGUGAUACCGUACGAUGUUUUACCUCCUUUACAACAACCUUUUACA